AUGUCUGAAACGGCAUCGCCCAACACUUCGACGCUGCCCUCGCGCGCGGCUACGGGUCUCAGCGGUCACGAUGAUGCUGUGCCCGACCUGGAUCCCACGACGACGGCCGGCCUGCUCGGCGAGCGCUUGUCGGCGUGGAAGCAUGCCGUCAACUACCUUCAAGAAUACGUGACGGCUGUCGAGAAGAUCCAUGGCCGCCAGGCCAAGGAAUACGAAAAGGCGCUCAAGACCAUAUCCCACCCCCUCCGCGAAGGCCAUCACUUUGACCAGAGCCUGGGCGGUGUGGCUGGCUUCUUCGAGAACAUGCGCUCCAACACGCAGGCCAUGAUCAACACCAACAUCGAGACGGAAAAGAGCAUCAAGGGCUCCGUCUUGCCUGUCAUCGAGCGCCUGCACAAGGAGAUCAAGCACAAGACUAAGGAGCUGCAUAGCGGUGCUCAGAGCGGCGCCAAGGAGCUUGAGAAGCUGCGCAACACGACGCAGAAACACAUUGAGCUGCUCGGCCAGCAGACGGCCUCAUUCGACUCGGCCGGCGGCAAGUUUCACGGCCACGACGACCCGUACGUCGUCUUCCGCGGCGUGCUGCAUCGGCUGAGCGGCCAGGUCGUGGCCGAGAACAACCAUCGCAACGAUCUCGUUGCCGUCCAGAACAACUUCAAGGCCUUUGAGGCGCACAUCCUCCAGGUCUUCCAGCAGGCCAUGGAGGCAUUUGUCCAGCUCGCCGGCGGCCAGGGCGAGAAGAUGCGCGCCCUCUACGCCGACAUGCUGGGCACCAUCCAGACGGUGCCCGCCGACUUUGAAUGGGUCAACUUCAGCAGCCGAUGUGCCGAUCGCCUGGCAAAUCCCAACGAUCCGCCCCGCUCCGUCGAGGCGAUCCAGUUCCCUAACAUGGACCACGCCUCGACCAAGCCGCUGAUUGAGGGCUCGCUGGAGCGCAAGUCUCGCAAUAAGCUUUCGUGGGGGCUCUCGACGGGCUACUACGUUGUGACGCCGGCCAAGUUCCUGCACGAGUUCAAGGACUCGGACGACACGCGGCAGGACCCCAAGCCUGAGCUGUCCAUCUACCUGCCCGACGCCGUCAUCGGCGCCCCCAACGGCGACAAGUUCAACGUCAAGGGCAAGGACCGGAGCAAGACCAUUAGCAGCAAGCUGACGGGCAGCUCGGAGUUGGCGUUCAAGGCGCACUCGGCCGAAGACGCCCAGAAGUGGUUCCAAGUCAUCCAGACCGUGUGCGGCGCAACGGGUCCUGCCGAGCCCAGCUCGCCCGUGGCCGGGUCCCCCGUAGCCGCCGGCGGGGUACCCUCGGACGAGAAGCUUGUCGAGGACCCAGCCGAGGCCAAGGCGGUGCAACCGGGUGCCCCGGGGCACAAGGCGCAGGAGGCGGGCGUGACAAGCGGUGAGGCAGCUCCUGUUGCCGCUGCCCCUGUCGCCGCGUCGACUGUUCCUGUGGAUGAGAAGAAAAGCUGA